GAAAUCCGAAAGGCAGUGGUGUGGCUAACGGUGCUGAGUGCGGCGGCAGGUAACAGAAUUCAGUCACAAUGGGGAACGUUUUUGAAAAACUGUUUAAGAGUCUAUUUGGGAAAAAAGAGAUGCGGAUUCUUAUGGUGGGUUUGGAUGCAGCUGGAAAAACCACCAUCUUGUAUAAAUUGAAACUGGGAGAGAUUGUGACUACCAUCCCUACAAUAGGCUUCAAUGUGGAAACAGUAGAAUAUAAAAAUAUCAGCUUCACGGUCUGGGAUGUUGGUGGCCAGGACAAAAUCAGACCUUUGUGGCGACAUUAUUUCCAGAACACCCAAGGUCUGAUUUUUGUGGUCGACAGUAAUGACAGAGAGCGAAUCAAUGAAGCCCGAGAAGAAUUAACGAGAAUGUUAGCAGAAGAUGAGCUCAGAGAUGCAGUCUUAUUGGUGUUUGUAAAUAAACAGGAUCUUCCCAAUGCGAUGAACGCAGCAGAAAUAACAGACAAGCUCGGCUUACAUUCCCUCCGCCAGAGAAACUGGUACAUUCAGGCCACUUGUGCCACCAGUGGAGAUGGGCUUUACGAAGGCCUGGACUGGCUCUCCAACCAGCUCAAAACGCAGAAGUGAUCGGAAGCGCUCCAUUCCCCAUGCAUUGUGGCAAAGUCAGCUGGCCUCUUCUGUGUGCGUGUGUGCGUGUGAGGAGCCGAGGAUGGGUGUGUGGCUGGGAGUGGGAGCAGCGUUCUCACACCGUGCCUUAGACGUGCUAUAAGAAAACCAGGCUUACAUUUGAAGAAAAACCAGUGUUACACUUUAAAUGCUACCUUCCAUUUCAGGAGUUUCGAGGGUCAGCUUAGGAGGUGAUGGAGGGGUCCAUAGGGCUUUCCUGGCGCACCACCUUCCUAAAGGCCCUGGGGGUGGGCAGGAGGAGGAGAGCUGGCGUGGGGCCCGAGUGGAGCUGUGCCGUCCUGGGUCUGGCGGCUCUGCCUGCCUGGGGUCCUGUUAGACUUUGGUGGCCUUUUGUAAAAGAGGAAGGGCCUGUCGUUCUUCCCCAUCACUGCCAGAGCUAGCAACUCACUUUUCAGUGCUUUAAAGCAAACGAUCCUCAAGAAAAAAAGACUCCUGCUUGCUGCAGGGUUGAAGUUCAGCUUUGAACUUUUCCCUUAAGUUACGUUCUUCCUGGUUUAAUGUGCUUUAUUUAAAGGAACUCGAGAUCUUUUUCAUUAGAGUAUCAAGACUCCAUUAACACUAGAAAAUCAUCCAGGCCUUCCCUCAUGCUAGUUCCUUCCCCUGUUUGCCUCUUAUAAGCCAAAUGGAGACCGUUUGGGUUAAGUAACCCAGUGUGAGGCCAAGACUCUUCACUGGGGCCACACAGUCAAGCGAAGGGCUGGGUUACGGAAGCGAGCUGAGGGUUGGAAGGGAGGUGAGGGUCGUGUUUGUGUCCUUGUAUCACCACCUCGGGUUUCAGACUCCUGAGACUGCUGCUCCCACUUCUCUGCUCUGCUGAAUGUUCUAUGCUCGAAGCAGGAGGUUCACUCCUGGGAUGGAAUCGUCACCAGGUUCAGUUGUCUCCGUUCGACUUGCGGUUUUGGUUAGUUUCUGUUCCCAGGACCACACACCUGUGAGUUCUGAGAGUGAGAGAGGAUCGAGAGGUUCAUUUUGGAGACGAAAUUCCCGGCAACCCCUGUUAUUGCCCCUGAGUUGGUGCUAAAUUUUGCUAUGAAAAAUGUCUAAUCCUGACCGCUCUCCACGGUGCUGACUCCCUCUUCUGGGUGGCAAUAACGUCCUAUGUGGAGACUUGCUUUAUGUUGUCUUCAGAAUAUUCAUAGAAAUGGCCUGGGAUGAGCUCGGUUUCACACGGUAGCCUAGAGCUCGUUUGCGCAAACAGCUGUCAGCCAAAUGUGUACCUACACGCUUCCCCUAGUUCACCUUUGAAAAUUCCUUUUUCAAGAAAAAUGUUUAUUUAAAUUACAGAGGAGGGGAAUGUAAGGUGAAUUUUAACAAAAGUAAACCUUGUUUAUUGAUGAUAAUGAAGUUGGUAUUACUAGGAAAAAGUUUCAUACCAUGAUACAUGUGGGGUGUAAUGUUUUUCUUUAAAAUAUUGACUUGAAAGAAUGUUCAUUGCAAUACUGGCAUCCAAGUCCAGAUUUAGUUUUUAACCAUGGAGUAAUUCCUGAGAAAUAUGUAGGUUGUAUGCCUCAAAUUGGCAGGGCUGUGUCUUACACUUUUGUAUUUAUACUUAGUACAGUGUACCUAGUACAGUGCUAGGCCUCAUUAAACAAUUGUUGAUUGGUUGGACAAUAAAGAACUUGCUUUGG